AUGUACUCUACUCAGCCUCGCUCAUACGGUCUCGUCAAGGAGAGUGCUGUUACGCACCCUGCACUUCAUAUACGCGAUGUCCAUGACGCCCAUGUCGUUCUUGAGGCCGUCAGGCUCAACAUUUUACCCCUUAUUAAACGACGCCUUUUGGCCAGCGAGAGAGAUGAACUCAAGAGCGGCCAUGUUUACGUCUGGGAAGAAGCUCAAGACGACGGUGGGCUUCUGCGGUGGACAGACGGAAGAAGAUGGUCCCAGAGUAGAAUGAGAGGGGAUUACCUAUUUUAUGAAGAAAAAAUCGAAACCACACAAGAAGAAAGAGAUGCAAAAGCUGCUCGAAGAGCACGCAGGGCAUCUGAUCCUAAUGCCAAUGUUCCGCCUCCGAUACGACGAAAGGAUCGUCCUUCAAAACCGAACGGCUUGACAAAACAGACUUACUCUGUAACUGUUAACCUCCCUGGCACUACCGAGCCCCGCAAAUGGCAUGUAGUCGCCUACUUUUCGGGAGAAGACUAUGCCCGACUUCCUGUCAUUGAAAACUACGCUUACCUCCGAAAUAUUCACGCUCCAAAUGGCAUCUUCUUUAGCAAUAAAGUUCUCUGCUCAACCACAGACAGAUUCGCUUCAUACUCGGACGAAAGCGAGCCUCACGAGGAUGUUUAUCAUACUGGACAUAUACCAACCUAUCCUAUGUCUCCUGCAUUCUCUCCUCCGCCGUCUCCUCUUUCUUCGUCGGUAUACUCUCCGAGGUUAUCCUCGCAAUCGUCAAAUUCGCAGAACAUCUCACUACCCCCUAUUUCAUCAUUAGGGUCGUAUGGAAAGCGACCUCAUCUUCCUCAUCCACAUAGUAGUCCGGUGUAUCCAAGUCACUACACGCCAUUGUCUUCAGAAGACCGUCGGGCACUUCAAAAACUCAAAGUUAUCCUAUGA